CCCGCCCCGCUCCCGCCUGCGGUCGGGCCGCGCCGCGCGCAGAGUCGGAACCGCGGCCAUGGAGCUGGGGCUCGCGGGCCGCCGGGCGCUCGUCACGGGGGCGGGCAAAGGCAUCGGGCGCAGCACGGUCCAGGCGCUGCACGCCAUGGGGGUGCAGGUGGUGGCAGUGAGCCGGACCCAGGCCGACCUGGACAGCCUGGUCCGUGAGUGUCCCGGGGUGGAGCCCGUGUGUGUGGACCUGGGUGACUGGGAGGCCACGGAGCGGGCGCUGGGCAGCGUGGGCCCCGUGGACCUGCUGGUGAACAAUGCUGCCGUGGCGCUGCUGCAGCCCUUCCUGGAGGUCACCAAGGAGGCGUGUGACACGUCCUUCCACGUGAACCUGCGGGCCAUCAUCCAAGUGUCCCAGAUUGUGGCCCGUGGCUUAAUAGCCAGGGGAGCCCCAGGGUCCAUCGUGAACAUCUCCAGCCAGGCCUCGCAGCGAGCAAUAGCCAACCACAGCGUCUACUGCUCCACCAAGGGUGCCAUGGACAUGCUGACCAAGGUGAUGGCUCUGGAGCUUGGGCCACACAAGAUCCGUGUGAACACGGUGAACCCCACAGUGGUGAUGACCCCCAUGGGCCAGGCCAAUUGGAGCAACCCUCAGAAGGCCAAGACCAUGCUGGAUCGAAUCCCACUUGGCAAGUUUGCGGAGGUGGAGAACGUGGUGGACACCAUCUUCUUCCUGCUGAGUGACCGGAGCAGCAUGACCACGGGUUCCGCUGUGCCGGUGGAUGGGGGCUUCCUGGCCACCUGAGUCUCUACCUGACACCCCUCCCCCCCCGCCACCCAGUUUCUCCAAUAAACAUGAGUCUUCUGCUCA